AUGCGCAUCACCCGGCCUCUUCGAAUAGCGGAGACCUUGGACUUGGCAGCACGAGGGCGAUUAACACAGAUUCCUCAGAUCCAAAAGACUGAAAUUUCCUUUCGCCCGAACGACCCCAAGAGCUAUGAGGCAUAUGUGCUCAACAUAGUUAGGUUCCUGGAGAAGUACAAAGAUUCAGCCCAGAAGGAUGAAAUGAUUUUUGAAGAUUGUGGCAAUGUGCCCAGCGAAAUCAAGGAACGGGGAGAAUUCAACAACGAACGGGGAGAGCGGAAAGUGUGCAGGUUCAAGCUCGAGUGGUUGGGAAAUUGCUCCGGAAUAAACGAUGAGACUUACGGGUACAAAGAGGGCAAACCGUGUGUCCUCAUAAAGCUCAACCGAGUUCUGGGCUUCAAACCUAAGCCUCCCAAGAAUGAGUCGUCGGAGGCGUACCCAGUGAUGAAGUAUAAUCCCUACGUCCUGCCCGUCCAGUGCACCGGCAAGCGAGACGAAGACAAGGACAGAGUUGGGAACGUGGAGUACUUCGGCCUGGGCGGCUACGCCGGCUUCCCCCUGCAGUACUACCCCUACUACGGCAAGCUGCUGCAGCCCAAGUACCUGCAGCCCCUGCUGGCCGUGCAGUUCACCAACCUGACCAUGGACACUGAGAUCCGCAUCGAGUGCAAGGCGUUCGGUGAGAACAUCGGGUACAGCGAGAAGGACCGUUUCCAGGGACGCUUUGAUGUAAAGAUUGAAGUUAAGAGCUGA